UUUUUUUUUUGUUUUGUUUUUUUAAAAAAAAUAAAAUAUUUAUAUACACAAUUAACGCGAAAUGGUCCUUACUAGUGAGGAAAUUAAUAUAAUUGUUUAUAAGUACUUACAAGAAUCAGGGUUUCGACAUACUUCAUUUGCUUUUCAAUAUGAAAGUCAAGUUGAAAAAUCUACUUACCGCGAUGCACAGAUUCAGCCUGGUGCACUUAUAAAUAUUAUUCAUAAAGGACUUCAGUUUAUGGAGAUUGAAGCACAUAUGAAUGAGGUUAGCCUUUGUGUGUGUGUGUGCGAGUGUAACCUCACCAUUGCGAAUUAACAGGUGAAAUAUUUAAUCACGAACCAGAUUCAACAGCGAAACCGCUUUCAUCUUCAACGAAGCGACAACGUAAAGAAGAAAAGA